UCUCAGCAGUUUCAGUUUGGGGAAUGACAGACAGCUCAAUCUUGGAUCAAUGGAAAGCAGGUUUCUUUGUGGAAGAUUUCCUUGAGAAAAAGACAGUUACAGGAAUGGUAUACCAAGUAAAUGGUGAAUUUGAAGAAAUUGUUCCAAGUUCAAAUCCAAACUCCCAAACUGAAGUAGAAGAAGAAAGCUUCUACACUCAUAAGGAUUACAAUGAAGUCUUUACACCUGUUAAGUGUUCAGAAAAAUGUCCAGCACUUCAGGCACAGAACCAAGAUUUAUUUAUUGAUGAUGAAGAAUUAAUUUUUAUAAAUGAUUUGGCGACGCUUAAAAGUCAACUACCAACUUUAAAGACUCUCUUGAGUAGACUAAAACUCUUUUUGAUAAAGGAUCCCCUUUUAGAUUUCAAAGAGCAGAUUUUCAAAGAAGCUAAUCUUUUCAGGAAAUAUUUCUCCUUUCAAGAAGAUUUGGACGUUUGUGUGAAAGAAGAUUUUUAUAUGGAUAAAGAAAACUUUUGUCAGGAGAAACUAGAUGAUGAACCACCAACUUUUCCUUCUGAGUUUGAAUCCUUAAUAUCUUCAAGCUUCAAACAAGAAAUUGAUAUUCAACCACCCUCAGAACUGAAGGAGUCACUAGCCAUAGUACCAGAAAUAAAAAAUUGUAUAGAUGAAAAUGAAAAAAAAUUCAAAAGAGAUCUUACUACCAAACAUAGAAUUGAUAUUGAUGAUAUAAAACGUAGCUCCACAGAGAUUUCAGGCAUUCAAAGCCAGAGUGAACCAGAGUGCAAUAAACCAGGAGAAUUAGAAAUACCACUAACUCGUAUACACCUAACAAGUCAACAUUCUUCAGUAAAUUCAUUGUGUACAGGACUUGAGACAUUUCCAUUUUCUUCUGUUUGUAAAAUUAGUUUUCUUAUUACUUCAGAAUCAGCUAAUAAAUACUGUAUGGUGUGGCAAUUAGAAAGCUGUAAAAGCUCUUUGAACUCAUUUUUGCAUACAGCACUAAGAAUUCAAGAGCCAAACAGUCAAUAUUCAAUUACAGAUUUUAAAAAGAUAUUUUCCAUCAAAGAAGAAAGCCUUGCGAUUAAUCCUGUAAAGGCAGAAUGGUGGAAACCAGCAAGUCUAAAUCUAGCAAUAGGAGAAACUUUGGAACAUCUAAAUACAUAUGUGUGUCAUGAUGAUCAACCUUCUAAUGAUACUAAAAUGGAGAUAUUUUUGCCUAAAAAAGUGCUUCAAUUGGAAUCAUGGCUAGACCAUAAAAACUGUUCCUCACCAACUGUACUUACUAAUGAGAAAUCUAUAAAUGAUAAUAUGUUGCUUCCACAAAAGAGCCCAUCCCUGACAAAAGAAGUACCAGAUCUGUGUUGGUCUGAUGAAUAUGUCUCUGUUGAAAGACCAAAAAAGGAAGAAAAACUAAAGAAUGAUCAGGAGCUAAUUGAUAGAACAAUACAAAAGAAAGAUAAUAAAGAUCAUGUUGAACGUGACUGCAUGGUGCCAUCCAAUGAAUCAUCUUCCUCUUCAAGAAUUAAGAUAGCAUCUUUUGAGCCUGGUAAAAAACAGGAGAAUGAUUUGGACCUUUUGAGCAACUUUAUUGUGCUGCGAAAUAAAUACAAGACUUGCACCUCAAAGCCUGAAGUCAUAGACCAUGAUAAAAAAGAUGAUAAAGAAGAAUAUUCUUCAACUCUUCAAGAACAAAGUCCUGUUGUUUCCAUUAAUAAAACUCCAGAGAAAAUAAAUGAGAAAAGGGAAGUGGAUGAUGUACUUGAAGUUCAAGCAUCAGAUAGCCAAUGCCAGGCAUACUAUUUCCUAGAAGCAGCCGCUGCUCCUAUCUUAAAAAAACUUGUAUGCCUCUGUGCCCUCUCAGCUAAUUGGAAAUUUGCCACUGUUAUUUUUGACCAAACAAGGUUCUUUUUAAAGGAACAAGAAAAAAUACUAAGUGAUGCCAUUCACCAAGGUACAAAUGAUGAAAGAGAAAUGACAUACAAGCAUGCUGCUCUCUUACACCUUCUGGUAACAAUUAGAGAUGUCCUUUUAACAUGCAGCUUGGACACAGCAUUGGGAUACUUGUCAAAUGCAAAAGAUGCCUACAAAAGCAUUUUAGGUUCCUAUUUGGAUGACAUUUGGAGACAGCUGAAGAUUAUACAGAUUAUUAGGGGGGAAAAGCCUGAAGCAAAUUAUAAAAUACAAGAACUGCAAUGCCAGAUACAAAGUUGGAUGCAAAAUCAGCAAAUUAAGGUGCUGAUUAUACUAAGAAUGGAUUCAGAUGGUGAAAAACAUUCACUUAUUAAAAUGCUUAACAAAAUAGAAGGUUUAAUAUUGACUAUCUCUCAUUCAAAUAAAAGAAGAGAUUUUCUGGAAUCUAAAGAUGUUUUAAAUGGUGCAAGUUCCUGUGUGAUUGUACAUAAUAAAAAUAUUGGAGCAGAUUUUCCCUGGAGCAAUUUCUCAGUUGUGAUGGAAUACAAUUAUGUAGAACACUCUUGUUGGUCUAAACACUGCAAAAUAUUGAAUAUUCCUUAUAUGGCCUUUAAAGUGAUUCUUCCAGACACAGUUUUAAAGAGAAGCAUCUUGCCAGAUAGAUUUGGUGGUUUUCUUCUUGAAAUUCAGAUUCCAUAUGUGUUUUUUGCAUCUGAAGGAAUUCUUAAUACUCCAGAACUACUUCAGCUGCUAGAAUCUAACUACAAUAUCACACUCAUGGAGAGACCCUGCAGUGAGUCAUUGAAACUCUUUGGAACCAAAGAAAGUUAUGUAGUGGUGACAAUUGAUGAACAGACUGCCAUAAUUUUACAGGACCUAGAAGAAUUGAAUUAUGAAAAGGCAUCAGACAAUAUCAUUAUGAGAUUGAUGGCAUUAUCGUUCCAGUACAGCUAUUGUUGGAUCAUAUUAUAUACCAAAGAAAUAUUAAAUUCAGAGUACCAUCUUACAGAAAAGACACUUCAUCACCUAGCACUGAUUUAUGCAGCUUUGGUUUCCUCUGGGCUUAAAUCUGAAGAACUGGAUGUAAAGCUUAUAAUUGCCCCAGGAGUAGAAGAGACUGCAUUAACAAUUCGACAAAUUGCUGAUCACAAUUUGAUGACCUCAAAGAAAGAUCCUUGUGAAUGGUUGGAUAAAUCCUGGCUUGAAGUUUCACCAUCUAAGGAAGAAAUGUACUUACUUGAUUUUCCAUGUAUUAACCCAUUGGUGGCUCAGCUUAUGUUAAAUAAAGGGCCUUCACUGCAUUGGUUAUUAUUAGCAACUGCAUGUCAACUUCAGGACCUCCUACCCGAAGUUCCAGAAAAAGUGUUAAAGCAUUUUUGUAGCAUUACUUCCUUAUUCAAGAUUAGUUCUUCCUCCACAACAAAAUCACCUCAAAUUUCAUCACCUCUGGAAGAGAGUAAUCAGACUAGUAACUUUAUUCCUCAGAGUUCAUCUUUGGUCUCUUUAGACUCUGUAAUUCAAGAAUAUAAUGAAUAUUACCCAUACGCAGACUUAAGAGAGAGAGUGCAAGAAGACACAAAUACCACCUCAAAUUAUAACUCUUCUCUUAUGGAACUAAGAGAAAUGCCAGAUACUUUGCCAUCUGUGACUUCUUACAAUCAGACUAACUAUUGGAAAGGCUCCAGUUGUAGCCCCAACAUAGUGCAGAAUAAUCCUUGUCCAGAUAAUAUAAAAUCAAAGAAAACAGCUCUUUACUCCUUUCCAAACCAGAAAGAUUCCAAGUCAGAUGUCUUUUCUUUGGGCCUAACACAAAUAAAUUGUGAAACUACAAUAUCACCAAUUGAUACUCAGAGACGAGUUGCCCCUAAUUUUAUAAAUUAUCAGAAAAACAGAGCACGUGAAGUCAAAGGAACCACAUAUAAAGAAGUAUCUGCUCCAGUCCUUUCACUGGAGGGCUCUCAAUUGUCUCCUCGUUGGAACUUACAGAGAAAUGUAUACGAAAAACAGAAUCACUCAUUCAACUUAAAAUAUGGAGCAGAGCAGACUACCCAUGACAAAUGGUAUACUCACAAAGAUAAUUUAUUCACUAAUCAGCAAAAAUGUUUAUCAGAUGAAUUAGAAGGCUUCACAUGUGAAAGUUCAAAUGUUGUGACUAAAAAGACUUUAUGGAGAGAAUCGACACCUGUUUCCAGUUUUGAUUUACUCGGUGCUUCUGAUUCUAAUGUGAAUAAAGAAUUUAAUAGCCUUUAUUUCUACCAAAGAGCUGGAAAAUCUUUAGGACAGAAAAGGCAACUUGAAUCUUCAUCUUAUGUGGAAGUCAAGGAUACUUUAGCAGGUUUAAUGUGCUCACAACCAUCACCACUCAAAAAACGACGUCUAAUGUAUGAAAAAGUCCCUGGAAGAAUCGAUGGGCAAACCCGGCUGAAGUUUUUUUGAAAGAGGGAAAGAACAGUGUUAUAUCCCAUAUUCUGUGACAAUUCAGACAAUUCUGUAA